GAGCAAGAAGAAGAAGAAGAAGAAGAAGAAGAGGAGGAGGAAGAAGAAGAAGAGAGGUUCCUAUAUAUGCAAAUAUAUGUGAAAGUUAUUUUCGGGUUUGAAAACAUGAUGAACCCCUGUUGUAGAGGAAAUUAUGGAAAAGCCCCUCUCUCUCCCCUCCUACGCCCAUGCUCUCUUCUUCCUCUUCUUCUCCUCCGACCCCCGCACCACCUCUCCCUCCUCCGCUCUCUCUCCUCCCAUCCCCCACUCCCACCCCCACCCCCACAAACCCCAAUCCCAGUCCAAAUGCCAGUUCAAUCCCGAAACACCCCCCGCACCCCCUACGUGUUCGACGAAACGCCCCAACGAGACCUCUUCUCCUGCUCCGCCGUGAUCAACCUCCACCUCAAGAACGGCGACCUCGCGCGCGCCGAAUCGCUGUUUCGGCGAUUACCCGUGAGAAACGUGGUAGUCGAAUCGAUGAUGGUCGACGGGUACGUGAAAGCGGGUGAAAUUGAGGCGGCGAAGAGGCUGUUUGAUGAGAUGGGGGAAAGGAAUGUGGUGGCGUGGACGUGCAUGGUGUCCGGGUAUUGCAGCGCCGGGCGGGUGGAGGAGGCGCGGAGGUUGUUCGACGAAAUGCCGGCGAGGAACGUCGUGUCGUGGACGACGAUGGUGCUGGGCUACGCGCGGAACGGGCGGUUGUCGGACGCGCGUGAGCUGUUCGAUCGAAUGCCGGAGAGAAAUGUCGUCGCGUGGACGGCCAUGAUUAAGGGCUACGUCGAAAACGGUGAGACCGAGUGGGCGAGGAAAUUGUUCGAUCAAAUGCCGCAUAGGAAUCUGUAUUCUUGGAAUGUGAUGAUCUCAGCUUAUUUGGGCAGUAAGCAAGUGAAAGAAGCAAUCGAGUUGUUUGAGGAAAUGCCUUACAGGAAUGCUGUUUCCUGGACUACGAUGGUUUCUGGCCUAGCCCAAAAUGGGUUUAUCGGCAAAGCUCGCGAAUUCUUUGAUUUAAUGCCUAAAAAGGAUACUGCUGCAUGGAAUGCGAUGAUCACCGCUUAUACAAACGAAGGGCUUGUGAAUGAGGCAAGAGAGCUGUUUAAUAUAAUGCCAAAACAGAAUCUCGUGACUUGGAAUGCUAUGAUCGACGGGUAUGCAAAGAAUGAGUGUAAAGAGGAGGCAUCAAGGCUCUUCAGCGUCAUGCUUCAUGCUUCCUUAAGGCCAAAUGAGACUACUUUAACUAGCAUCUUAAUGACGUGUAGGAGCGCUAUAGAAAUCGGACAAAUUCAUGGACUAGCUAGUAAAAUUGGUUUUCAAUCUGAAACCUCACUGGGGAAUGCUUUAGUGACAAUGUACUCGAGAAGCGGUGAUUUAUCUUCAUCUUGGCUUGCUUUCAAGAGAUUGAAUUGCAAGGAUCUUUUUUCAUGGACAUCGAUUAUAUUAUCCUUUGCCGAUCAUGGAUGUGGUAAUUAUGCGUUGCAAGUGUUUGCGCAAAUGCUAAGACAGGGAUUUAAACCAGAUGAGAUUACCUUUGUUGGUGUAUUAUCCGCUUGUAGCCAUGUUGGCCUAGUAGAGAAAGGUAAAAAGAUCUUCGAGGCGAUUAAUGGGACUUAUGGGCUGGAACCGAUGGCCCAACACUAUACGGGCAUAGUGGACCUAUUGGGUCGUGCUGGGCUUGUUGAGGAAGCUAAGAAAGUGGUCGAUACGAUGCCGGUGAAAAUGCAGGAUGAGGCUGUUUUAGGGGCAUUGCUUGGAGCUUGCAAAGUGCAUAAUGAGAUAGAAGUGGCGAGGGAAGUGGGCGAGAAGCUUAUCGGACUUGGUUCAUUGGGCUCAGGAGGUUACACUCUUUUGGCUAAUUUAUAUGCUUCGCAUGGAAAUUGGAAUGAUGUGGCUCGAGUUAGAAGAACCAUGAAAGAGAGGAACGUGAAGAAAGUGGCGGGCUAUAGUUGUGUGGAAGUUAAGAUGGAGAAUCAUGUGUUUUUCGCGAGGGAUCAAAUGCACCAACAAGCAAAGGAGGUUUAUGAGAUGUUAAAAGAAAUGCUUCUCCCACAAAUGAAGGACUUGGGUAGCUUUGAGUUGGAUCAGCUUGUCCCUGAUUGAUCUUCAUUAAUUACCUUAUUGAAAACUCUUUCAUGGCCGCACAUGAGUCAAUAUUUGAUCAAACAUUUCACCCAAAUUCAUCAAUAGCUUGUUUGGGCCUUCUGGAACAUUUGCAUGAGUGCAGCUCGAGUCGAGUAAUUCGAUAAAGCAGUAACACCUUUCUUAUUAAAAUGUCCCCAACAGCUUACCCUCGCAGCAUAAGUAGAAGCUUCAUACUAGGACUCGCUUUUGAGGCUAAAGCUUAUUAUAGCUUCCAAUCGUAGUAAAAACUCUGGACAUUUUAUUUGCUAAAUCCCUGACUCUUGCUUUUCGGAGUGGAGAAAGAGUUCCAAAUGACUGGCCGAGUAGUCACGAAGCUCAGAGAACGUCUGAUAUGAAUUGGCUAUUGGCUUUGUAUUAUGCUUCAAAUAAUUACCGGCUGUCUAUAUAAGGCAAUCCCUUUUGCAUGGGCUAGGGAAGGUGUGAAUUAUUGUUAAUGUUUAAAUGAUUGUUGCCGUACAAUUCUACCGUGGGUUGCGAAAAUGUUAGAGAGGUCGGACCAUUGGAAUGUGGAAAUGGCGAUCACCCUACAGCAGCAGGUUCUGGGCUGUUGGAUGGGGAAAAUGGAGGGUUUUGAUGGAUUUUGUUCUAUAGAGACAUUACUCGAGUUUUAAGAGAAUGGCUCGUUGAAAGGCUUCUUCAAGAAAUUCUUGAACAGAUAGACGUGAGCAAAAAUGAUGAAUGAUUGAAUAUUACACUUCCACUCACUUCUGAGAAAACUUAAGGAUCAGUUGUAUGGAAGGAGGACAUUAUAAUGGAGAUUGACGUACUCUGCAGGUGAAAAAAGUUAAAUGAUGGGCUUAUCGAGAAAUGGUUUUCCUGGAUCUUUGGGUACAUGGAAAUGAAAGAUAGACUUCGUUGUUCCCCGUUUGUCUUGAAAAACAACACACAGUAAUAGCCUUAUAAUUCAGAAGAGGUCUGUAAAGUGAAAUUCAUCACCAUCAGGAGAAAAGAUUAACCAACAUUUUCAAAGAAGCAUCCUCUUCAAAGACCCUUCUCUUCUAAGAAAGGUAAGUUCCACAUACACCUGCACCAACCGCGCACGCGCCGCAGCCGCACCCCUUCCCACCGAUGAACACCGGCCCCCGAAUCUUCCCCUGCCUCCGCGAC